AUGGACGCCCUGCUCUGGUUUGAUCAUCCUGUCGACAGAGCAGGUCUGUUCUCCUUCAUGACGUUUCAUUGGCUGACUCCUCUGGUCAUACACGCCCACAGGAAAGGGCAGCUACUGUUGGACGACAUUUGGGCCGUGUCACAGAGGGAGUGUAGCCAUGACAACAGCCUGAGGCUGGCGUCUCUGUGGGAGGAGGAGCAGAGGUCAAAGGGCAGCGAGGCGUCUCUCUGUUCAGUGAUAUGGUCUUUCUGUCGGACUCGUCUCCUCCUCUCCAUUCUCUGUCUCACCGUCACUCAGCUGGCUGGAUUCAGUGGGCCGGCAUUUGUGGUGAAGCGUCUGCUGGAGUACACCCAGCAGGAGAAGCCGGACCUGGGCUACGGUCUGCUGCUGGUUCUGGGUCUCCUCACCACCGAGCUGAUCCGGUCCUGGUCUCUGGCUCUGACCUGGGCCCUGAACUACAGGACCGGAUCCAGGCUGAGAGGAGCCAUCCUAAGCAUGGCCUUCAACAAAAUCCUCCAUCUGCGCAGCGUCAGGGACAAGACCAUGGGACAGCUGAUGAACAUGUGCUCCAGUGAUGGUCAGAGGAUGUUUGAGGCAGCAGCAGUGGGGAGUCUGUUAGCAGGAGGCCCCCUGGUGGCCAUCCUCGGCGUGGCCUACAACCUGUUUAUACUGGGUCCAACGUCUCUCCUGGGAUCAGCUGUCUUCAUCCUCUUCUACCCCGCCAUGAUGUUCAGCUCCAGACUGACGGCAUACUUCAGGAGGAAGGGUGUGGCCGUGACUGACAGACGAGUCCAGAAGAUGAAUGAGAUCCUCAGCUACAUCAAGUUCAUCAAGAUGUAUGCCUGGGUCAAAGCCUUCUCCCAGGACGUCCACCGUAUCCGUGAGGAGGAGCGCAGGAUCCUCGAGCUCACAGGUUACUUUCAGAGCAUCACGGUGGGUGUGGCUCCGAUCGUCGUCGUCAUCGCCAGUGUGGCAACGUUCUCUGCCCACAUGUUGCUAGGAUAUGACCUGACAGCUGCUCAGGCCUUCACCGUGGUGACGGUGUUUAACGCCAUGACCUUUGCCCUGAAAGUCACUCCAUUUUCUGUCAAGUCUCUGUCUGAAGCUUCAGUGGCCGUGGAGAGAUUCAAGAGUCUCUUCCUGUUGCCGGAGUUUGACAGUGUCCGAGCCUUACCUGCUGAUCCUCAGGUUGCUGUGGAGAUGUGUAGGGCCAGUCUGGCGUGGGAGGGGGGCGGCCAGAGCACCCAGCCUAGUCCAUGUAACCAAACAGCGAGCAGACUCCGACACAGGGACAGGUAAACUGACGUUUACAACGUCUAUGAGGAGGAGGAGCAGGAGGAGGUAACUGGCUCCCUGCUGAGAGAAGGAGGAGAUGUAACCUCAAGCCCAGAAGAGGAGGAGGAGGAGGAGACCUGUCCUGCUGACCUGUCUGUCCCUCCUCAGAGCACCCUGCACUGCAUCAACCUGAGCAUCCAGCAGGGGAAGCUGGUUGGUGUCUGUGGCAGUGUGGGCAGUGGGAAAACCUCCCUGAUCUCAGCCAUCUUAGGACAGAUGACUGUGUUGGAGGGCAGUGUGGCUGUCAGAGGAAGGCUGGCCUAUGUGGCUCAGCAGGCCUGGAUCCUGAACGCAACGCUGAGAGACAACAUCCUGUUUGGACAGCAGUACCAGGAGGACAGGUAUCAGUCGGUGCUGAGCGCCUGCUGUCUAAGACCAGACCUCACUCUACUGCCCAACGCUGACCUCACAGAGAUUGGGGAACGUGGUGCCAACCUGAGUGGCGGACAGCGCCAGCGAAUCAGCUUAGCCCGUGCCCUUUACAGCGACCGGGACAUUUACAUCCUGGAUGACCCGCUCAGCGCCCUUGACGCCCAUGUGGCCAACCACAUCUUCCACAAUGCGAUCAAGAAGCACCUUCGUCACAACACUGUCAUCUUUGUCACCCACCAGCUGCAGUACCUGGUGGACUGUGAUGAUAUCAUCCUGAUGAGGGAGGGGAGUAUAGUGGAGCAAGGUAACCAUGACAACCUGAUGAAACUGAAUGGAGACUAUGCUGCCAUGUUCAACCACUUCCAGCUGGGAGACACUCCAUACAUCGAGGCUCCCAGCAGGAAAUCUGGUGGCUCUCAGAGGAAACCAGCAGACAGUAAACCAGGAUCAGUGAAGAAGAAUCCACCGGUUGUCAAGGACAAUGGGGAGGAGCAGCAGUGUGGGGGCGUGGCCUGGCCUGUGUAUCGGCUCUACAUGGUUGCGUGCGGUGGCUCCACCUCCUGCCUGCUGAUCCUGGUCCUGUUCGUCUUUAAUGUGGGGAGUUCCGCCUUCUGUCAGUGGUGGCUCAGCUACUGGAUCAACCAGGGCAGCGGGAACACCAUGGUACCACAGGGAAACAAGUCCAUGGUGAGCAUCAGCAUGAAGGACAAUCCCAUGAUGCAACACUACGCUGCUGUUUAUGCCUCCUCCAUGGGAGUCAUGCUGCUCUUCAAACUGAUCAGAGGCAUCGCCUUCGUCAAGGGAACUCUGCAAGCCUCCUCCAAGCUGCACGACCAGCUCUUCCACAAGAUCCUCCGCUGCCCCAUGAAGUUCUUCGACACGAUGCCCACAGGACGGAUCCUCAGCCACUUCUCCAAGGACAUGGAUGAAGUCGACACCCGCCUGCCCUUCCAGGCUGAGAUGUUCAUCCAGAACGUGAUCCUGGUCUUCUUCUGUCUGGGCAUCAUCAGCUGUGUUUUCCCAUGGUUUCUGGUGGCUGUGGGUCCUCUGGUCUUACUCUUUGCAGCCCUUCACAGUGUCUCCAGGGUCUUCAUCCGGGAGCUGAAGCGUCUGGACAAUGUGACGAUGUCCCCCUUUAUGUCCCACAUCACCUCCAGCAUCCAGGGCCUGGCCACGCUGCAGGCCUAUGGCAUGGAUAGGGACUUCCUCCACAGGUACCAGCUUCUGCUGGACCAGAACCAGGCUCCAUUCUACCUGUUCAGCUGUGCAAUGCGGUGGCUGGCAGUGCGCCUGGACGUCAUCAGUGUGGCUCUGAUCAGCAUCACCGCCCUGAUGAUGGUCCUGAUGCACGGACAGAUCCCUCCCGCCUACGCCGGCCUUGCCAUCUCCUACGCAGUGCAGUUAACAGGGUUGUUCCAGUUCACGGUUCGUUUGGCAUCUGAGACUGAAGCUCGCUUUACUUCAGUGGAGAGAAUCCACCAUUACAUCCAGUCCCUGUCCCAGGAGGCCCCUGCCCAGGUCAAAGGUCGUGCCCCUCCGGCUGGCUGGCCCCACCAGGGGGAGCUAGUGUUCAGGGAGGUGGAGAUGAGGUACCAGGAGAACCUCCCUCUGGUCCUGAACAGGAUCUCCUGCACCAUCAGGCCCAAAGAGAAGGUCGGCAUAGUGGGCAGGACCGGAUCAGGGAAGUCGUCUCUGGGCGUGGUCUUGUUCAGGCUGGUGGAGUGCUGUGGAGGAUCCAUUCUGAUCGAUGGCAUCGACAUCAGUGACAUUGGACUGGCCGACCUCCGCAGCAAACUGUCCAUCAUCCCCCAGGACCCAGUGCUGUUCAGUGGGACGGUCAGGUCUAAUCUGGACCCCUUUAACCAGUACAGUGAGGGGCAGAUCUGGGACGCCCUGGAGAGGAGUCACAUGAAGGAGUGUGUGUCCCAGCUGUCCCUGAAGCUGGAGGCGGAGGUGGUGGAGAACGGAGAAAACUUCUCUGUUGGAGAGAGACAGCUGCUGUGUGUCGCCAGAGCUCUGCUGAGGCAGUGCAAGGUCCUGAUCUUGGACGAGGCCACAGCAGCCAUGGAUGCUGAGACGGACGCUCUGAUCCAAGAGACCAUCAGGAGCUCGUUUCAGGACUGCACCACCCUGACCAUUGCUCACCGCCUCCACACCGUCCUCGCCUCCAACCGCAUCAUGGUGCUCAACCAAGGACAGGUAGUGGAGUAUGACGAGCCCUCCAAGCUGCUGGCCAAUGAGAACUCUCGGCUGUGCUCGAUGCUGGCUGCUGUGGAAAACAAGAUCUCUGUCCGAGGAUGA